ACAGGGCCAGCGCACGCAGUUCCCGUAAGCACGGAGUUCCGCGCUACCUUACCUUGCUAGGCCGCCUAGCAUGCACGGCGUUAGGGACAAGGAGGGACAUGCGAUGCUCGUUCGAGCGGGGAAGGGCGAAUGUCCAGGCAACAGAAGGUGGGAGAAGGAGGGCGCGUUAUUAGCAGCAGCGGUGCCGGCGAGAUGCUGGACACUCGAGUCAACGCGCCCAUCCCUCCGUCGUCGCACUUCGCCGCUGCUUCCUCCGCCCCGUUCGACCGCAAUCGCGCCAUGAUGACGUCAGACGCCUUGACGUCACAGCGCAAGCCGGCGACGUCAGGCCGCAAGGCCAUUUCGCCGGGGCACAAACCGAUUUCAGCAGGGCGGGGGGAAGCGGAACCCGCCGGGGCGUGCGACAGCGGUGGCGCGAUGGCCUUAGGGGAAGACUACUAUUUAAGGCCUUAUUACCCUUCCCCCGGCGCUCGUCCCUUCCGCAUUGCCAAUGGCGACGCCCCUACCCCUCCGCGCAGUCGCUCCUCCUCCCCCUCCCCCGCUCAUUCCGAUCCUUCCCCCAACAUUUCCCCCUCGUCGUCGCCUCUCGUGUCCUCCGCGCAACCGCUCGCUCCCCGCUCUUCCACCAAUGCCUCCCCCGCCCCUGUGCGCCCGCCGUCCGCGCACAGGGGCGGGGCCGCUCCUCUGCGGCCCAUAUCGCCGCUCCCCCCCCCUGCUGCGCGGCGCAGACCUGGCGCGGAUGGGCGCGCGGGUGGGGGUGCGGAGCUGCGGGAGGGCAGUCCGGGACGGGAGGGGAUGCAGUUGGGCGCACCUGUCGCGCGCGGCGGUGCGGGCGGGGGGAUGGAGAAGGUGGGUGCGGAGAGGGCUGGGAUGGAUCGGCUACGGACUGGGAGAGAGGGGUUGAGGGGGGGGGGAGAAGAACAGAGGGCGCGGGUGGGGAGAGAGGGGCUGAGCGGAGGGGGGGAGGAGCAGAGGGCGCGGGGCGUGGCGGGGGGCAGCAGCAGACCACGGCCCAGCAGUGCAGGCCCGCGCAGCCCAUGUGCCCCCCCUGCACGGACCACAGACGCAGCAGACGCAACAGCAGGCGCAACAGCAGCAGCAGCAGCGGCGGCGGCGGCAGCAGCAGGCCACAGGGAAGGUGCAGCAGCGGCUGUGGAUCGGAGUAGCAAGCUUGCUGCAACGGCGGAAGGGGGGGCCGAGGGCAGCACGGGUGCACCUGUGGGGAUGUGGCAGGGGCGCGUGGAGGGGGGCGGGGUGGGGAAAGCUGGCGAGCACAUGAGGGUGGGGGCGAGGCCGGGCAGCGGCAGGGCGGGGAUGCGGCGAGGCCAGGGGGUGAGGCAGAUGGGUGGGGGGAUGGGCGGGCAGAUAGGGGCGGGGAUGGAAGGCGGCGGAGGGGUGCUGAGGCCGGUGACUGCAGGCCCUCGGAUGGCUGCGGUAGGUGCGAGCAGUGGCGAGGCAAGGGCAGGGGAGGGGAGGGAGGCAGCAGGGGAAGCAGGGCUGGCAGGUGUGGAGCGCUGGAAGCCCCAUCAGGCGCAGCAGCAGCACGCUGUAGGGCAGCAGCAAGUCAUGGGGCAGCAGCAAGCAAUGGGGCAGCAGCAAGCAAUGGGGCAGCAGCAGGCAAUGGGGCAGCAGCAGGCAAUAGGGCAGCAAGAGGCAAUAGGGCUGCAACAGGCAAUAUGGCAGCAACAGGCAAUAGGGCAGCAACAGGCAAUAGGGCAGCAACAGGCAAUAGGGCAGCAACAGGCAAUAGGGCAGCAACAGGCAAUAGGGCAGCAACAGGCAAUAGGGCAGCAACAGGCAAUAGGGCAGCAACAGGCAAUAGGGCAGCAGCAGGCAAUAGGGCAGCAACAGGCAGUAGGGCAGCAACAGGCAAUAGGGCAGCAGCAGGCAAUAGGGCAGCAACAGGCAAUAGGGCAGCAACAGGCAAUAGGGCAGCAGCAGGCAAUAGGGCAGCAACAGGCAAUAGGGCAGCAACAGGCAAUAGGGCAGCAACAGGCAAUAGGGCAGCAGGGGAAUGCAGGACGGCAGAGUUUGGUGGGGCAACAGCAACGACGGGCAGAGGGGCAGGAGCAGAGGCAGGAGGCGAGGCAGCACAGGAGGCAUCACCAGCGGCAGGCGAGUCUGCCUGCAGAGGCACUGCAGCACCACAGGGGGGGCAAGGGCUCUGCCUCCCCCCCUCACGCUGCAGGGCUGCCCCUGCCACACCGCCCACACACCCCCCUCGUUCUCGCCCCCUCCCCCUCCCCUUCCUCUUCCCCCUCCCCUCCUCCCGGCGCUGCUGCACCACCCGACAGCCAUCCCUCCUCGUCCCGCCCCAGCACCUCCUCCCCCUCCCCCCCCGCCCGUCCCCACCCCCCCUCGCCCCACGAACGCCGCCCUCCCCGUGGCCUCUCACAGUCUCCCCCGCGUGUUGCCCCGGCGGGCGCACAGGUGGCAGGGGAGAGGGUGACGGGAGAGAGAGUGACAGGGGAGAGGGUGGCAGGGGAGAGGGUGAUAGGGGGGGAAAGCGACGGAGAGAGGGUGGGAGGUAGGGGGGGUGGGUUGCGGGCGAUUAGGCGGAGCAAGAGCGCAGCAGUGGUGAGGAUGAGGGUGGGGCGAGUCCCAUUGAGCACAGCAGCAGGGGUGAUGGAAGGAGCGGGCAGAGACGCACUCAAUGCACCGGGUAGGUCUGGCUGGGUAGCAGGUGAGGCGAGGGAGUGGGGGGAGGGGAGGGAGGGUGUAGGUGGAGCAGCAGCAGCGGUAGCCGCUCGGGCUGAUGGUGAAGCAUCCAAGCGGUUAGAGAGCGAGAGGGCAGGUGAGGGAAGUCGACGAGGCGAUAACGCAGAGGGGAGGAAGACUAGUGCUAGCUUGCAGCCUAUCCAAGCCAACGUUUCGGUGGCACCACAGAGUGAAGGCAGUAGCAGACGGCUGCACUCAAGCGCCAGCUUUGGGCAGGCGAGCCUCUGUGAGCUGCGCUCGCCUGUCGCUCUCCCCACGCGAGCCGCCACUCAAGGGAGCACCCAAGGGAGUGCGCACGGCAGCAGCGGCAGCAGAGCGAGGAUGGAAGGGCAGGGGGCAGACAGUGCGUGUGUGGAAGGGGCGGACGGCAGCACAGUGGGGGUAGCUGGGGGGUCCCAAGCAAGGGGUGGGUCCGGCAGGCGGUUGACUCGAGCUCUGAGUGCCAUGGAGGGGCGCGGGCCGGUGCAGUUGGGGCGAUGGGGAAUGGUUGGGGAGGGGAACGGGGGAAGCACGGUGGGAGAAGGGGGAAACAAGGGGAUGAGGGAAGGGGAGGGUGGGAGCGAGGUGUUGGUGAGAGGGGGUAGGGAGAGCGGGUGUGUGAGGGUGCCUGGUGGCGUGGGAGUGGAGGGUGAGGGGAGGGGAGGGACGGAUGCAGGAGAGAGCGAGAGCGGGGUGCAAGAGAGUGGGAGCACGCGAGGAGGGGGGGCAGAGGCAGAGGUGGAAGGAGACGGAUGGCAACGGAUGGCUGAUGUGGCAGUUGCAUCUGAUUCAAGCACCACUGGAGAGACAGGGAGGGGGAGGGGUGGGCAGAGGGGGGAGGAGAAGUGGACAGCGGCACAGAGGGCAGCAGCGAGGGACAUGGCGUGGGAGAGGGAGAAGGAGAGAGAGAGCGGCAGAGGCAGAGGGGCGCGUGGGAGAGAGAGGAUUCGGUCGAACCCGGUGACUCCCAGGGGAGGCGCGCGCACGCCCAGAGGAGCGGGGGAAGGUGGGGCCACGCCUAGAAGCGUGGCGGACAGUGCUGGAGAUGAGGGUGAGAGGAGUGGCGGGGGUAGUGAUGGGGUGGGGGAGGGAGGGGCUGUGCGGCAGCAGCGGGGCCAGGAGGAGAGUCGCAUUGACAGAGAGAGGGAUAGGCGGGAGAGGGAGGGGAGAAAACCAGCAGACAUAGGAGUGGAGAGGUUAAAAGGGGAAGGGUCAGAGAGCUUGGCUUCUCCUGGCUUCAAGGGGUCGACGCGACGACGGAUGCAGCAGCAGCAGCAGCAGCAGCAGGGGCAGCAGCAGAGGGAGAGAGAGGGGCAGGGGCAGCAGCAGGGGCAGCAGCAUGGGCAGCUAGUGCAGGGUGGGGCGGAGAGCACAGUUGGGCGAGGGAGCAGCGCAACUGAAGGCGGGCGAGUGGGCAGCGCACAUGGGGGUGAGGUGGAGGCGAGUGUGGUGGUUGAGGGGGCCAGGGGGCGCAGAGGAGAGGUUGCGGUGGCCAGGCCAUGGCAUGCCCCGGUAGGGGAGAGGAGGGAUGGCAGGGGCUGGGACGAAUCAACAGCCAUAGGAGCCCCUGUCAUGGGGUAUGGGAGACUGGGAAACGCUAGUGUGGGAGAAAUGGCAGCUAGGGCCGCAGCCCUGACUGGUGUUGGUGCAGUUGCGGGUGCAGGUGCUGGUGCGGGUGCAGGAGGGGGUGCUUGUCAGCCCAUGCCAUUGACCCCACCUGCCCUCUCCCUCACAGAGCAACGCCUGCUGGCAGCACGGCAGGGCACAGCAGCGAAUGCAGCAGUGGGGGCAGCAGCAGUGGGAGCAGCAGCAGCGGUGGGGGGCGGCAGGAGGGGUGCACGCGCCAUGGUGAAGAGCAUGUCCAUGUCCGCCGCUGACCUCAACCACCUGCCCUCUCCCCACGCCAUGCCUCCCCCUGCCGCUGCUGCUCAUGCUGCUGGGAGGAUGGGCAUGGGCAUGGGCAUGGGGGUGGGCAUGGGGGUGGGCAUGGGGGUGGGCAUGGGCAUGGGCAUGGGGGUGGGCAUGGGCAUGGGGGUGGGCAUGGGCAUGGGCAUGGGGGUGGGCAUGGGCAUGGGGGUGGGCAUGGGCAUGGGCAUGGGGGAGGGGAGAGGCACAGGCUCUGAGGCCAUGAGCAUCGCUCGCACGUCAUCGUCUGGCCGCGUCUCCUUGAGAAACGCCGCUGCCCUUGGGGCAGACAAUCCGUCCGCCCAGCCACCUGCCAUGCACCCCGUGCCUCCCUCCAACCCUGCCUCAGCAAUCAUGCUCCAGCAAUCCGUGCACACCAUGCAACCCAUGCACCCCAGUGACCCCGCGUCAGCUGCCAUGUUCCCCGGCAUGGGUCUGCCCGCAGCCCGCUGCCCCGAUGGCUCUAACGAGCGACUGCUGCGCCUCACAGCGCGGUGGAGCGAGGUGCAGAGCGGUGGUGCCAGGGGACCGGGGGCAGGUGUGGGAUCAGGGGCAGGGGUGCACACAGACACGCCUAGGCUGGGCAGCGGCAUGGGGGGCUCUAUGAAUCUGAGACGAGCAGCCAUAGCAGGAGGUAUGGGGGCCGGAGGCGGUAGGGUGGCAGGGGGCAUACCGGCCUGUUCCAGUGCGGAAGCAGAUGUGCCUCCCUGGACGGCUCCCUCAGGGGGCAGUGAGGGAGCAGUGGCAGGUGUGCGAAGUGGCAGCGGGGGUGCAGCGGCAGGGGCAAGAGGGAGCGCGGCAGGCAACCGGGCGGGAGUGGGUGCGAGUGGGAGGUCUGGCCUGAGUGGGGAAUCGGGUCUCAGUCGCGGUGGGUCAGGUGUUAUUGGUGGGGGGAGGGCGGUAGGGGCAGCAGCAGGCGGGCUGAGGCGCCAUGGGAGCAUGUCCCUGCACCAGCAGCUGGUGGCUCCCCCAGUUGGCACCUGGCAGGAGCAGCAGGUGCCAUCCAAGCAGCCCAAGGUAAGGACAGCUGCCUCCGCUGCCGCUGCUGCGGCUGCUGUUGCGUCAGCCACUGCUUCUUCUGCCACCGCUGCCAACCCUGCUUCUGCUUCUGCAGCCGCAUUGAAUGGGAGCGGGCUGCAGGUGAUCCCAGCAGGAGCCCCCUAUCCGUUCGCCAGGGCGCACACCACAGCAGCUCGCAGCACGCUGCGGGCGCCUCCCUCUGCUGCGCUCUUUGACUUGCGCAGCUUCGGCAGCCGCGCUGCUCCCAGUGCUCCCACUGCUGCUGGUGCUCCCACUGCUCCCACUGCUCCCACUGCUCCCACUGCUCCCACGGCCAGCAGCACAGGCGGUGAGAGCAGCACAGUGAGCAGCGGUGGCGCGCUGGCUGGCAGCAGCAGACGGCUGAGCGGCAGCAGCUCCUCCAGUGGCAUCAGCACGGGCCGCAGCGCAACCCUCACCAGCAGAACUCUUCACAGCAGCAGUCUUAAUAGCACCGCUCUUGCCAGCAGCGCCCUCACUAGUAGCACCACCGCUGCCACUGCUAGCAGGGGCCUUCAUCGAGCCGCCACACUUAACGCACGCACCCUCAACGCACCUGGCCUAACUCCGCCGCAUUUGCAUGCACCUGUUUUGAAUGCACCUGUACUAAAUGCGUCUACCUUGAAUGCGCCAGCGGUUAUUGUUCCAGGCAGUGGCAGCAGCAGCAGCAGCGGCCGCCUUGCUAGGAGCACCAGCAGCAGCGCUGCCAGGCUGAAGGGAGGGGCGAUGAGAGCAGGUGGGGAAAGAGGGGGACUGAGGGGUGAAGGUGGAAGAGAACUUGGUGGAGGAAGAGAAGGAGGUGGAAACGAGGGUAGUGCUGGACAGGAGGGUAGUAGAAGAAAAGAGGGUAGCGGAGGAAAGGAGGGUAGUGGAGGAAAGGAGGGUAGUGGAGGAGGAAAAGAAGGUACUAAAGGAGGAAGAGAGGGGGGCGGAGGGGAGGGAGGCGUGGCAGCAGCAGGAGUGUCUGUGGCAGCAGCAGGUAGUGCAGCAGCAAGCGGGGGAGUAUCACGGGGAAGAGUAGUGGGGGGUUCAGCAAGGGUAAUAGUGGAAACAGCAAUAGGAGGAACAGCAGGAGGAGGGAUAACGGCAGGGUUGAUGGUAGCAGGGGAAGCGGCAGCAGGGAGCAGCAGCAGAGGCGGCAAAACCGGGAGAAUGCUGCGCAAAAUGGCGAGCGAUAACUUCCGAAGCUCAGGCAGGGCUGCUGGGGGCAAGGGCAUGGGGGUGGGCAUGGAUGCGCUGGCAGCAGCAGGCAGCAGUGGGGGGUGGCUGUCCUCUACAGCGAGCUCGCUGGACCUGGCUGUGGCGGCCAAGGGCACAAGGAAGUGGCGGGCAGAGGGAAGAAGAAGGCGUGGGGAAGGCGCUGAAGGGGGGGAGACGCGGGAGGGGGAAGAAGCCAAGGCGGGCAAGGAGGAUGCCGUGACCCCCACGAGGGCCAGCCGGGAGGACACUCUCACGCCCAGCCGCUUGUCUCGCGCACGGCGAGCCGUGCUGAGUGAAGCCGGCAGGGAGAGGCGCCGCGCCGCCGGCACGGCUGGUGACGGGGAGGGGGGGGAGGAGGGCGACGAGGAGGAUGAGGAGGGAGAGGAGGAGGAAGAGGGAGAGGAGGAGGAGGAGGAGGAGGGGGAAGAGGAGGAGGGAUUGAAGGAGGGAGUCACAGAUGUGGAGAGUGAGGAGGAUGCGAGCAUUCCCGUGGCGGCACAGGCAGUGGGCGCGGCCAAGGGCAUGAGGGGGCUGGGCGAGCGCAUGAGCCGCGCGCGCCUGAGACUGCUGCAGGGCGGGCAGGCGGACGUUCUAGGGAGGGGAUUCUCCGAUGUGAGGGAGGAGUAUGACUUGGAGGGAGGCGAGCAGGUGGGCAGUGGGCAGUUUGGGGUGAUUCGCGUGGUGACGCACCGGGAGACCGGGGAGAGGCUGGCGUGCAAGUCAAUCAGCAAGAUGUGCCUCAAGUCGAAGGCGGACGCGGCGGACAUCCGCAGGGAGGUGGCGAUUCUGGAGCAGCUGAGGGACCAUCCCCACGUCUCGCGCCUCGCUGCUGCCUUCGAAGACCCCAAGGAGGUGCACCUGGUGAUGGAGCUGUGUGAGGGCGGGGAGCUGUUUGACCGGCUGAAGCAGAAGCGCGUGUACCCCGAGGACGAGGCGGCCGUGGUGCUGCGCACGCUGGUGGACGUGCUGAGGCACUGCCACGCCAUGGGGGUGGUGCACCGUGAUGUCAAGCCCGAGAACAUCCUGCUCGUGUCCAAGGAGAGCGACACCGAUGUCAAAGUCAUCGACUUUGGGAUCGCUGCCUUCUACAAGCCAUCCCGCCCACUCACAGAGUUCGUGGGUUCGCACUACUACAUGGCACCUGAGGUGAUCGAGGGCAGCUACGGCCCGCCUGCGGACGUGUGGAGCGCGGGCGUGGUGCUGUACGUGCUGCUGUCGGGCGUGCCGCCCUUCUGGGCGCGCACGGAGGACGGCAUCAUGCAGGCCAUCCUCGACUGCCGCCUGCGCUUCAAGCCCGAGGUGUGGGGCAAGCGCUCCGACCACGUUCAAGACCUCAUCCGCCGCAUGCUCACCCGUGACCCCGCUGACCGCAUCACCCCAGCUGCUGUACUUGCUCAUCCCUGGAUGGCAUGUGCCACAUCCUGUCCUGAGAAGUAGCAGAGAUGGCAGCAACCGCAAUGAGUGCAAAUGGCGGCUGUAACACCAACAGCAAUGCAAUGGAACCUCAGUGCUCACACAAGUGUGCCAUGUAAGGAACAAGCAUCACCAGGUCUAUCAGCACCAUCAGUGUCAUCAGCACCACCCGGGCCAUGCGCUGAGGCACCAGAAGGAUGAAUGCCCCAACCAUGAUGUACGGUAUUAGUGUUUUGGGCUGCGGUCUAUUGCUUUUAUGCAUUAAAACCGCCACACCAUAGUGUUGUUUGCUUGUGUUGUAGCAUGUUAUAGCUUGUAGUGUAUAUUGAGUAGAUCAUUAGGCUUUAGCAGCUUAUGCCUUUUCAAGUGUGUAGUUUAUUUAUCAUCUUCAAGGCGACCCCCAUGGCUCCUUUGUAUC